CAUGCCGUGAUGCAGCACUACGGGGUGAAUGGCUACUCGCUGCAUGCCAUGAACUCGCUCAGCGCCAUGUACAACCUGCACCAGCAGGCGGCCCAGCAGGCCCAGCACACCCCCGACUACCGGCCUUCGGUGCAUGCGCUCACACUGGCCGAGCGCCUGGCUGACAUCAUCUUGGAGGCCCGCUAUGGCUCCCAGCACCGCAAACAGCGUCGCAGCCGCACGGCGUUCACAGCUCAGCAGCUCGAGGCCCUGGAAAAGACCUUCCAGAAGACUCACUAUCCGGACGUGGUGAUGCGUGAGAGGCUGGCCAUGUGCACCAACCUGCCUGAGGCCCGGGUGCAGGUGUGGUUCAAGAACCGCAGGGCCAAGUUCCGGAAGAAGCAGCGCAGCCUGCAGAAAGAGCAGCUCCAGAAGCAGAAGGAGGCUGAGGGAUCCCACGGGGAAGGCAAGACCGAGGCCCCAACCCCAGACACCCAUCUGGAGACUGACCAGCCCCCCAACUUGCCCAGCAGCGACCCCCCUGCUGAGCUUCACCUGAGCCUGUCUGAGCAGUCAGCCAGUGAGUCGGCCCCCGAAGACCAGCCGGACCGGGAGGAAGACCCCCGGGCAGGGGCUGAGGAUCCCAAGACCGAGAAGAGCCCUGGGGCUGAGAGCAAGGGGCUGGGCUGCAAGAGGGGCAGCCCCAAGGCAGAUUCCCCGGGCACCCUGGCCCUGACGCCUGCAGCCCCGGGGGCUGGCCUCCUGGGCCCCUCCCACUCCUACUCCUCCUCCCCGCUGAGCCUCUUCCGUCUGCAGGAGCAGUUCCGCCAGCACAUGGCCGCCACCAACAACCUGGUGCACUACUCCUCCUUCGAAGUCGGGGGCCCGGCCCCCGCUGCCGCUGCAGCCGCCGCCGCCGCCGCUGCUGUGCCCUACCUGGGCGUCAACGUGGCCCCGCUGGGCUCACUGCACUGCCAGUCCUACUACCAGUCGCUGUCAGCGGCCGCCGCUGCCCACCAGGGCGUGUGGGGGUCCCCACUGCUGCCUGCGCCCCCUGCAGGCCUGGCACCUGCCUCGGCCGCCCUGAACAGUAAAACCACGAGCAUCGAGAACCUGCGGCUUCGGGCCAAGCAGCAUGCAGCAUCCCUGGGACUUGAUACGCUGCCUAACUGACUGCUGGCCUCCCGCUGCAGCCAGGGCUCUCGGGCGCCCCCAGCCCAGCCCCAGGUUCAUCCCAACAUGGCUCUCAGGGAGCUACCUCAUGAGCCCAGGGAUCCUGGGGCCUUGGAGUCCUGCUUCCUGUCCCCCCACCUCCCCAGCUCCAGCCCUCGGUGAAGCCCACACCUGCACCCUCUGCAUGGCCCUGCUUGGAUCUCACGGAGGCCGAAUGGGGAGAAGGUCUCCAAGAGGAGCUGGUGCUGAGAUGAUGAAGCACCAGGCACUGGCUGGGAGGACUGCAGACUCCAGGGUUCAAGAUCGGAGGUCUUGCAGUCAGGACUCGACUCCAAAGGAGACACAGGUUUGAGCCCUGAUCCAGGAAGAUCCCACAUGCCACAGAGCAACCAAGCCCAUGCACCACAGCUAUUGAGCUCCAGAGCCCGCAC